AUGGACGAGUCGACCGAAAGCAGUUGGCCGGAGCAGCCGCUACGAGCAUCGGCAGCGCCACCAAGCCUACCGCGGCCACAAAGCACAGUCCCUGUCCGAUCGGGACUAGCGAUGCCCACCGACACGAAAGACCGCAAGUCGUUUCUGACAGGCCUCGUGGCGGGCCUGAGUCUCAACGAGAUAUGGAUGCUGCAGGCGCAGCUGGCCAGGCUCGAUCUGCGCACCGAUGUGUUUGGGCGGCUGCCGCCGGAGCUGCAGAUCCUAGUAGCCGACCAGCUGGGGCCGGCCGAUCUGGGCUGCUGCCUUGACGUGUCGCCAGCCUGGCGCCAGGCGUUUCUGCACGAGUCUGUGCGGCGGGGCCAGGCGCGGCGCUGCUUCCCGGGCCUGCUGGAGUACGCGAGCGCGGUGGAGCAGGCAGAUGCCAGUGCCGAGCAGGUCGACCGCGCGUUUGCCGACACGGCACGCAAGUAUGCUGCACGUGCACGUGGCCGGUUCCGCGCUGCACUGCGACAUGUGCCCCAGCCGAAGGCAGCGGUGCUGGCCGAUAUGGACGACGCGACAUUUGACGGGCCCGAGUAUGCGUACGGCCGGCUCUUCUGGCAGCUGUACCACGACAGCACGACACACAUCCGCGUGGACGACCUGCGCAGCGGGCGGCGGCAGCACUUUGCGGUCAAGGACGAUAUCGUGCGGGGUGAGCGGUUCAUGCAGAGCUCGUUUGGCGACGAGCUGGUGGCGAUAGCCUUUAGCGGCACCCGUCUACUGGCGUGGAACUUUCGCACGGGCGAGCAGCACAGCAAACAGAUGCCGGCGCAGAUCGAUGUCACGGCGACGGUGGGCCGACGGGUGUGCGUGCUGUCACAGGGCAACAUCUACGAGUGGGAGGUGGGUGGCAAGAUGCGCGAGGUGGACCUGACGGGCCUAGAUGGACGGCACCGGCUGCCGGAUCUGGACGGCCGGCUGCCGAGCUUCUUUUUGUUGGAUCCGGUGCGGCCGGACGUCUUCUUCCGGGGCAACUUUGUGGUGGAGAUGGCCGAGAACGGUGGAGGUGGAGGUCCGGCCAUGGCGACUGGCACUGCUGGCACCGGCACGCUGUGCUUCUACGUGCACGAGUUCCGGGGACGGCGGUUUGCGCAGACGUUUGCGUACCGGCUGCCGUUUGUCGGCUAUGCCUUUCCGAGCUCGCUGAUCGAUACGACGGUGCGGCGGGACACGCGCGGGUCGUUCUCGCUGGCGUCCUGGCGGGUGAGCGGGUCGUUGUCGGGCAGCGAGGCAGAGGGUGCACAGCCGGCUUGGACGGCGGCCAGCGUCCGCGGUGUCGGCUCGCUGUCGUUCAACGUGUACACGCGCACGUUUGCGCUGUCGUUCUUCCGGCUGCCACCGCUGGCACCAUCGCUGGGCCGCGACCGACCAACGGCACUGCGUGUGCAUCUCUGGGACGACCAGCUGCUGACGCUGAUCGAUCGCCACCGCGAGGCCCACGGCGGCGGCAAGAUGCGCAAGGCCGAUCCCAUGCUCUUCGCCUUUGACGACGCCUACAGCGAGGCGGCUGCGUGCUCACCGCCACCACCCUUUUCGGCCGUGCCGGUCUAUGCAGCCGAGGACCACACAGGACACUCAGGACAGCCCCGGCUGGAAUCACGCCGUCUGACGCACUUUGAGCCGGAGCCGUCUCGUUCCGGCAGCUGGUGCGUCGACGACGCCGACUGGGCCAAGAACGGCUGUCUCCUGCGCUACAUCCUCGACCUGGACACGCAGCCGGUGACGCCGGACAAGCCGGCCCACAUUGGCGACUACCACAUCAUGGGCGACGAUGACUUUGUCGUGGCCGUCCACCACGGCGAGCACACCGUCUGGAUCUUUUGUGCGGACGCUCCAGGCGAACGGAAGACCGGCGAUCAUGACGACAGCAACGACGACAACAGCCACAGUGUUCGUCCCGGAGACUGA